CUCCCAGCUCUCGCCCGCUUUCUGUCAGCCUCUCUCCCUCUCCCUCUCCCCCUCUCUCCUUCCUCUCGCUUCCUCGUUCGCACCUGAGCCCACGCACCUGCCGGGGCCCGGCUCCGCUCCCUCCUCCCUCCUCCCCUCCCACCUUCCCCGCCCCGGCCGGAAGGCUCCGGCCUCGGCCGCGGGAGCCUCGCGGCUGCGUCACCACCGCCCCCCCAGACAAGAUGGACACCGCGGAGGAAGACAUAUGUCGGGUGUGUCGGUCAGAAGGAACACCUGAGAAACCUCUCUAUCAUCCUUGUGUAUGUACAGGCAGCAUUAAGUUCAUCCAUCAGGAAUGCUUAGUUCAGUGGCUGAAACAUAGUCGAAAAGAAUACUGUGAAUUAUGCAAGCACAGAUUUGCUUUCACACCAAUUUAUUCUCCAGAUAUGCCUUCACGGCUUCCAAUCCAAGAUAUAUUUGCUGGGCUGGUUACAAGUAUUGGCACUGCAAUACGAUAUUGGUUUCAUUAUACACUUGUGGCCUUCGCAUGGUUGGGAGUUGUUCCUCUUACAGCAUGCCGCAUCUACAAGUGCUUGUUUACUGGCUCCGUGAGCUCACUACUGACACUGCCACUGGACAUGCUGUCCACGGACAAUUUAUUGGCGGAUUGUUUGCAGGGUUGCUUUGUGGUGACAUGCACACUGUGCGCCUUCAUCAGCCUGGUGUGGCUGCGCGAGCAGAUUGUCCACGGGGGAGCGCCGGUGUGGCUGGAGCAUGCCGCUCCGCCCUUCAAUGCCGCUGGGCACCCCCAGAACGAGGCUCCAGCAGGAGGAAAUGGUGCUGAAAACGUUGCCCCCGAGCAGCCCGCUGACCCAGCAGCUGAGAACGCGGUGGUGGGAGAGAACCCGGAUGCCCAGGAUGGGCAGGCCGAAGAGGAGGAGGAGGAGAACGAGGAGGAAGAUGAGGCUGGCGGGGAGGACGCCGCCGAUGCCAACCCCGGGGCCCAGGACGACAUGAACUGGAAUGCAUUAGAAUGGGACCGAGCUGCAGAAGAGCUGACGUGGGAAAGAAUGCUAGGACUUGAUGGAUCACUAGUUUUUCUAGAACAUGUCUUCUGGGUGGUGUCUUUAAACACACUGUUCAUUCUUGUUUUUGCAUUUUGUCCUUACCACAUUGGUCAUUUCUCUCUUGUUGGUUUGGGAUUUGAAGAACAUGUCCAAGCAUCUCAUUUUGAAGGCCUAAUCACAACUAUAGUUGGGUAUAUUCUUUUAGCAAUAACACUGAUAAUUUGUCAUGGCUUGGCCACUCUUGUUAAAUUUCAUAGGUCUCGUCGCUUGCUUGGAGUCUGCUAUAUUGUUGUUAAGGUCUCUUUGCUAGUAGUGGUGGAAAUUGGAGUGUUCCCUCUCAUUUGUGGCUGGUGGCUGGAUAUCUGUUCCCUGGAAAUGUUUGAUGCCACUCUGAAAGACCGCGAGCUGAGCUUCCAGUCCGCCCCGGGCACCACCAUGUUUCUGCACUGGCUCGUGGGGAUGGUGUAUGUGUUCUACUUCGCCUCCUUCAUCCUGCUGCUGCGCGAGGUACUUCGACCUGGUGUCUUAUGGUUUCUAAGGAAUUUGAAUGAUCCAGAUUUUAACCCAGUACAAGAAAUGAUCCAUUUGCCCAUCUAUAGGCAUCUCCGAAGAUUUAUUUUGUCUGUGAUUGUUUUCGGCUCCAUUGUCCUCCUGAUGCUUUGGCUUCCUAUACGAAUAAUUAAGAGUCUACUGCCGAAUUUUCUUCCAUACAAUGUCAUGCUCUACAGUGAUGCUCCAGUGAGUGAACUGUCCCUUGAGCUGCUUCUGCUUCAGGUUGUCUUGCCAGCGUUGCUUGAACAGGGACACACGCGGCAGUGGCUGAAGGGGCUUGUGCGAGCGUGGACUGUCACCGCUGGAUACUUGCUGGACCUUCAUUCCUAUUUAUUGGGAGACCAGGAAGAAAACGAGAACAGUGCAAACCAACAAGUUAACCAUAACCAGCAUGCUCGGAAUAACAACGCUAUUCCCGUGGUGGGGGAAGGCCUGCACGCAGCCCACCAAGCCAUACUCCAGCAGGGAGGGCCUGUCGGCUUUCAGCCUUACCGCCGGCCUUUAAAUUUCCCGCUCAGGAUAUUUCUGUUGAUUGUCUUCAUGUGUAUAACCCUCCUGAUCGCCAGCCUCAUCUGCCUUACUCUACCAGUAUUUGCUGGGCGCUGGUUAAUGUCAUUUUGGACCGGGACUGCCAAAAUCCACGAGCUCUACACCGCUGCUUGUGGUCUCUAUGUUUGCUGGCUGACCAUAAGGGCAGUGACGGUGCUGGUAGCAUGGAUGCCCCAGGGACGUAGAGUGAUCUUCCAAAAGGUUAAAGAGUGGUCCCUCAUGAUAAUGAAGACUUUGAUAGUUGCACUGCUGCUGGCGGGAGUCGUCCCGCUGCUCCUGGGGCUCCUGUUUGAGCUGGUUAUUGUGGCUCCUCUGAGGGUCCCCUUGGAUCAGACUCCUCUGUUUUACCCAUGGCAGGACUGGGCACUUGGAGUCCUGCACGCCAAAAUCAUUGCAGCUAUAACAUUGAUGGGUCCUCAGUGGUGGCUGAAAACUGUGAUUGAGCAGGUUUACGCAAAUGGCAUCCGGAACAUUGAUCUCCACUAUAUCAUUCGUAAACUGGCAGCGCCUGUGAUCUCUGUGCUCUUGCUUUCCCUGUGUGUGCCUUAUGUCAUAGCGUCCGGCGUCGUUCCUUUACUAGGUGUGACUGCGGAAAUGCAAAACCUGGUCCACCGGCGGAUUUACCCGUUCCUGCUUAUGGUCGUCGUGUUGAUGGCCGUCCUGUCCUUCCAGGUCCGCCAGUUCAAGCGUCUUUAUGAGCAUAUUAAAAAUGACAAGUACCUCGUGGGCCAGCGCCUCGUGAACUAUGAACGGAAAUCGGGCAAACAAGGCACAUCUGCACCACCUCCACAGUCGUCCCAAGAAUAAAGUGCUGUCUCAGCCAUCUGACCUUCCCCUUGCCUCUCCGUGUCCUUUUUUGUGGACUUCUCUCUCUGGAGAUUCCCCCCGUGAUCUCCCAGCAUUGUUUUUAAGUUAAAUGUAUUUGACUUGUGUUCUCAGCAUUCGGAGAGCAGCCCUUUCAGCUCUGCUGCCCUUCCGCACCUUCUGACCUCGCUGCUGCCUGAGGUCUGUACAUGUGUAAAUAGGAGCUCCUGGAUACCCCCAAGCCUUGGAUUAAACAGAAUGUGCAUUGUACAUCUUUAAACAAAUGUAUAUUAAUUUAUUAAAUCUAGUUGUCACUUUAUUUUGGACCUGCUGUGAUCUUGACAGGAAACGUGCCGCAGAACCACAGCGCAGAGGCGACACUUGUAACGACGUCCUGGGACACCGUGUCAUGUGUCCCUAGCAGUUCUUACCAAGUAAACUGUAUGUUCUGUCUGUCUUGGCUGUUGAGCCCUUACCAAGAACAGAAAAGGAGACAAAUAGAGGCCAGCAGUGGAGUGUCUGUGGUAAGAAAACAUGAACUUUGUGCUUCACUGUCAGUCAUUUCUGGAAGUUGUUUUGUAUAACACCAAAGCUGUUGUACAUUUUUUACUGCCUGAUUUUUUUUCAUGUGUCUGUGUUUGUAAUAUUGUAUAGUAUCUUGUGCUAGGUGAGGAAAUUUUUAAUUUUGAUAAUUUAAUAUUCCUAGUGAUGAGCAUUGGGCGUUGGGUGUUUGUGCUUGUUGGGGCAUGCCUAUACUUAGAGGGAAAAAGUCUAAAAGAUUUCCAUUAGUCCCCCGACCGCUCUUUUUCCUACACACAGCUAUCUUUUUUCCUUUUUGGCAGCAGUGGCCAAAAGUCAUGCAGGAACGUAAGUCUUACAGAAUAAUGUCACCAAUGACACUGCAUCUUACUGGAAUUAGAACAUACUGAGAUAUUCACUAAAUGUAGAUGUGCUUUGUGGUCUUAGAUUGACAGCCUUAGAAGAGUCUGGUGAGAACACCUAGUCCUUCUGGGUAGUGCAUCGUUUUGUGAGGAUCAGCUUUUCCAUGAGUAAAUCCCAAAGUUUCCAAAGCUUUUUGUUUACAGAAUAGAACUACAAAUAAAACCAACUUGAUUCAUUUGUCCAGAAGAAACCUGGCUGAGCUGGCCUUUUAACAUAAGAAUGCAGAAUGCGUUUUACACCUUGUAAAGUCUCAGAGAACUGAACACUUACAAACUUGCUUUUCCCUUACAACCAAAGCUUCAAGUUAGAACUUUAGAGACUUAGAACGGUUGGACACACCAUCCAAGUAUUUAUGGCAACGGUAUAUUAUAAGGGUAGCGUAUGUUUGUUAAUGAUAACCUAAAGGUUCUCAGAGAAAAUAGGUCUUCAGAAACCAUACAAGGAUUUCCAUACAGUAUUAAAACCCAUAAACUCAAAUCUGAAGAUUUUUUAAAUAUGAAAGUCAGUCAAACAUAUGCUACUAAAAUCAAAGCAACAUGUUGUGGUUGUUUUAUAGUUAAUGAGUUUUCCCAAAGUGGUGACUACUUUAAAAUAUAUUUUAAAACAUCAGUAUCAAAUAAAAGCUUGACAUAGGAUUCAGUGUUACACUUUUUGGCACUUUGUAGUAGGCCUUUCUCUUGUAUUGAAACAAGGUUUUUGCAAGCCCUACCUUCACUUAGAAAUUUAGUCCAACUGUAAAAAAUUAGGAGUAUUUUAAAAUGUAAAGCCACCUGUCAUGGUAUAUGUCUAUAUAAAUUAUUCUCUUUGGGAGAAACAUACUCUCAAAUUGGGCAUAUAACUUGACUAUAUCAAUUUAGGUUUUUAAAAAAAUUUUUCAGGGAAUUUGUAGAUCUUAUAUAAAAAGUCAUUGGAACACAUUUAUCUGUUUUACCAGAAAGACAGAGGCAAAGGAUGCAAAAGAUUAAAAAUUGUUAUUCUAUAAAAUUUUAAAUCUUAUCAGAUAUUUUGUAAAAAAAAAAUAUAUAUGUAUACAUAUAUAUAUAUACAUGUGUAUAUAUAUAUAUAUAUGUAUAUAUAUGAAUGGCCAAAAUGUUGCUCUCCAUAUCACUUGCAGAUAACUUGAUCUUGUCUUACGUAAUGAUUUCCCGUUUUCUAGUUGUGCUUUGUCAUGUUGUUUUUAUGAAUACUUCCAUAAGGAAAGCAUCUGCUGGCACACUAUUUACUUGGGUAGCAUCAAGAUUUUAUUAACCAACGGUCUUAUAAAUAUUUAAAAUCUCUAGUUCAGAAAGUGUUAGUAUUGCUGCCCUUCAUGUAGAAUUAAAAAAAAAAUAAUAGUGUUGUUUUGCUUCAUUUUACAUUGGGCUAAAACAGUCUUCAAGGAAAAGUUAAUUAGCAAAGACCUUUUUGUUUUAUUUUUACUGUUUAUAAGUUGAAGACAAAUCAACAUUUAGGUUUAGAUUAACAUGACCAGUUACCAAAUGGUCAUAGUAUGAGGUGUGCAGUUGUUCAUUUUUAGCAAAUUAUGUUUGAUUUUUAAACUAUUAAGUACUAAUAGUUGAGAUGAAAACUGAAGAAAAAUGCCAAUGUGAAGUUUGUGUAUUGCUAGCUUUAAAAAAGCUCUGUGUUUUUAGGUGAUCUUCCCUGUUAGUUCCCUGGAGAAACAGUGGGGAUUGGACAUCUCGAUUCCAGAUGUAAACAAAGAGUAAUUUUUAUUUCAACAUUUAAUAUAACUUAUUACUGUG